AUGAAAAAAGUGGCACUUAAAAAUAUUCAAAAAUAAUUAGCUGAGCUAUCUAAAGAUCCCUCUUCAAAUUUUUCAGCUGGUCUUAUUGAUGAUAAAGAUUUACUCCAUUGGUAGGCCACUAUCAUAGGUCCUGAGAACACCCCAUAUUAAGGUGGUCUAUUUUUUCUCGAUAUCCAAAUUCCUGAAGGCUAUCCAUAUUAACCACCAAAAAUAAAAUUUGUUACUCCUAUCUAUCACCCAAAUAUAGCCGAAGAUGGAACCAUUUGGUUAAAUUUAUUGAGAGAUUAAUGGUGCCCAGCCCUAACAAUUAGUAAAGGUAAUCUAGUAAUCACUUAAGUAGUGUUGUUGAGUAUUUAAUCGUUCUUAUAUGAUCCAAAUCCAGAUGAAUGUUCAAGACCAGAAAUCGGAAUGAUUUAUAAAAAAGAUAGAUAACUUUAUGAUUUAAUAGCAAGAGAAUGGACAAUAAAAUAUGCAUCUUGAAGAUCCUAUUUCAAGAUGAAUUCAAUUAAGAAAUAUUGAAUAAUAAAAUAUAUAUAAAUAGCAC